GGUUAAAUCUAUAUUUUCAGACAACUUUCCGUUAAGUUUAGCGCGCAAAGAUUGUAUUUGUCGUUUGUGCGGCCGAUCAGUCAUCAUUGUGCAAGGAUGUUGCAUCACGUCUGUCAUUACGAGUAUGAAAAACAGUUGACAUUCUGUAUGUUUACCAGGGCCUUGCAACUCCAUCAAAACCAGGGACAAAGCAGAAGAGUGCUACGAUAGAGGGCGCUAGUAUCACCGGGUGCAGCUGCUGGUGAGGCUCGCAAACUUUAACACAUUCAAAUUGGUUAAUUCGUGAGGAAUACGAAAAGUGUCUUCUAAAUGUUCAAUUAUUCAUAAUACAUUCAUAAGAAACAUCUGAAGAAAGCGCGAACAUCCAUGCUAUAUUUUCUAACUGCUUGCGUCUCGCUAAUCAACGCAGUGGCCAAGCACAUUAGAAGUAUUGUUGGCAGCAGUUCGUAUUUUAGUUCUUGUAAGAAGGUGCUGCAGGAGAGCGCGUUACUGUAAUGGUUUUCACCAGUUUCCAACACGUUAAGUAUGGGAGUUGAAAGGACUUUGAUGUUUAGGUUGGGAUCGUUGUAAUAGCGCUUGUAGUUUAGUUUAGUUUAGUUUAGGUUAUGUGAAAUGCCGGGAGCACAUGUUUUCUGUCAUGUAUUUGGCAAGUACGGAAAAACUGAAUUAGACUCAAGUUGAUUAAUGUAAUGUAAGUGCCUUCGUUCUAUGUAGAAGCUUCCGAAGUUAAAAUGUUAUGUUAUGUGGUAUUAUUGGUUUCAUUCCUGUCAGUUUGUGAAUCGUCAGAGUUUUGUUCUGUUAAUCCUGGGGAAGUAAAUAAUGACUGCUUAGAAGCAUCAAAGAUUACGGCGAGACCUAGGUUUCUGUUUUAUGAUGUGAAUCCCCCAGAAGGUUUUAAUUUAAGAAGAGAUGUCUAUAUGCGACUUGCUGUAAUGAUUCGUAAACUUUCAGAAAAGGCAGACUGGCAUUUGGUUUUGCCUCCCUGGCCAAAACUCUAUCAUUGGAGAUCACGUGUUUCACAAGAGAGACUUCCAUGGAGUUUAUUUUUUGAUCUUGAAAGCUUGCAAGCCUUUGCUCCCGUGAUGGAUUUGCAGCAGUAUAUUACUGAAUAUGGUGUGUCGAGUAUUGAACAAGUAUAUAUUCUUCAGCAUUUCAAGGAUGACUGGGCAGCUGGACGAUUUGAGGAAAAGCAAAGUAUAGAAGUUUGUAAUGAAACUCCUCCAUAUGUAUUGGAAGAAGAUGGAAGAUUUUCAGGAUAUUUCUGGGGUUUUAAAAACUUAACUGCUUCCAACAUGGCAUGUCUAUCGUUCCAUGGAAGAGCAUUUCAGCUUGCAAAAUACCUUUCAGGGUCACAAAUAAGAACAGUAAUGGUAGAUCAUGCUGAAGUAGUACUACAUGAAAGUUAUGGUGACAAAGAGUACUGGCAAGCCCGACGCAGUAUGCGAUUUUCAAAAAAACUGGUAGAGAAAGCUGUUAAGUUUCGUCAACAAGUUCUCAACUCUUCUGAUGAAGCUGAUAAAACAGUUCGACCUGAAGAUUGGCGUAAAGAAAAGGGAGGGCGAACAGCGCUAGGAGGACCCUAUCUGUGUGUUCAUAUGCGAAGAAGAGAUUUCUUGUGGGGUCGGCCAAAAGAGGUUCCAUCUCUUCCAUCUGUAGCUCAACAAUUACGUUACCAUCUAUCUAAAUUGCAACUCAAUGUAGUGUUCAUUGCAACUGAUGCUCCUGACAAAGAAUUUCAAGAAAUUCAGUCUGCAUUAUCAGAUUAUACCAUUGUGAAAUACAUUGCAAGUGAGGACGAAUUGUUGGAGAUAAAAGAUGGUGGAGUUGCAAUUGUCGAACAAAUUAUAUGUUCACAUGCUCGGUUCUUCAUUGGCACAUAUGAAUCAACGUUUUCAUUUCGCAUUCAAGAGGAACGUGAAAUAAUGGGAUUUAAACCUGAUACCACAUUUAAUAGUUUAUGUGGAGAUGGCUCAAAUGGUUCUUGUAAACAACCAUCACGUUGGCUGGCUGUAUUUUAAUUAUCAUAUAGUAUUUUAUUUCAAGUAAUUUAAAUGUUAAUAGCUCUGAAAAAUUGAGCUAUGUAAUGUGCCAUAUUUGAUUGUUUCCUUUCUAGUUAUAUAUUUAAAUUGUGACAAUAAGAGAUUUAAAUCAUUUCUAUGUACAAGUCUUUAUAUUAAUAAACAAUGAAAUCGUUAUAUUAUUUUUAUGUAACACUACUUUCUAUUUAACAGAUGAAAUUAAAUUAGAUGGUCUCAAUGGUAUAAUGCAAAUAAUUGACCCAAAGGCUUUUCUAAAUGGCUAUUGGUGAACAUUAAUUAUUCUAAAUCUAUCUAAAUAUUAACUACUGUUGAUUUUAAUGUUUUCUAAUAGAGUAUAGGUACAAACUAUUUUUGCAUGUUUUGUGGAUUGUUUAAUUGAUUAAACAAGUAGAAAAUAAAAAUGACUUGUAAGACAAUUUCAAAGCACACUUCAUAUCAGAAUGGUAAUCAAAAGUAAAUUUCAA